GCGGCGGCGCGGGCGGCGUCAUGGGCUGCACGGAGGCGCGGCGGCGCUGCGACUGGGACAGCCGCUGCAGCCUGGCGCUCAACCGCUACAUGACCUACUGCGGGAAGCUCUUCAACGGGCUGCGCUGCACGGCCGAGUGCCGCGCCGUCAUCGAGGACAUGCUGGCCGUGCCCAAGGCCGUGCUGCUCAACGACUGCGUGUGCGACGGGCUGGAGCGGCCCAUCUGCGAGUCGGUCAAGGAGAACAUGGCCCGCCUCUGCUUCGGCGCCGACGUGGGCAGCAACGGCGCGGGCAGCAGCGGCGGCUCGGACGGCGGCCUCGAGGAGUACUACGACGAGGAGUACGAGGAGGAGCCGAGCCACAAGGGGAGGGACGAGCUGGAGGACAAUACGGGCCCCGAGCCCGGCUUCCCGCUGCAGAGGGACGGCGCCGCGCGGGACGCCGCCGCGGCGGGCGCGCUGCUGCCCUCCAUCUUGCUGCUGCUGCGGCUCUAG